CGAACUGUGGAUUCAUUUGUCAGAGCGCCGAGUUAAUAAACGCAACGGUCGAUCGAGUCCCGCUCCGGGAUCGCCAUCGCCCCAUACGCAGUCCGUGAAAGUUUGUGGAUACCAGUUUCAGUGGCUUUGUGAACAAUCUAUAUAUGUGAAAUUCGGCGCUAAAUCCCACCCUAAAAUAAAAUCCUCGGACAUCUGGCAGGGUGCCGCUUAGGCGGUUGAUUGCGCAAUGGUUUAUCACCAUCACAACCACGAAAGUCGGAUAGUACACUGCAGAAAACAAUUAAUUGGAUGGCGGACGAUGGAUGGCAGCCUGCUGUUGACCAUUGCUGUGGUCACAGCCUCGCUGGUUGCCAUGAUUUCACAAGAGGCCGCGGCCCACGAUCAAAGUGCACCUCCGAUUCUGGUUGUGCACCAGCGCAACUGGCGUAUUUCGGAGGCUGAGAAAGUCGGCCAGAUAAUAGAUCGAGUGCAGGCGGAGGAUCCGGAUGGCGAUGAUCUGAUAUUUGGAAUAGAGCCGAGAUUUAGCACGCCACCUGGUAAUGGGGCAAGUCCUUCCGGUAAAAUCCCCUUUACAAUUGAUCGAGAAACAGGGGUUGUCACUCUCAACGAGAGUUUGGCGGGAAGGGCCGGUGAGAAUUUUCUUAUCUAUAUAACUGUUACGGACGGAACCUACACGGCAAAAACUGAGGUUUUCAUCAAUAUCUUGCGCGAGCGUGAGAGCAGCUCCGGCUAUCGACCGCAGACAUCAAUUUCGAACGUGGUGCACAAUAUAUCGCAGUUUCUGCCCCGCUUCGACCAGCUGCCCGGUGUUCAGUCCAUCCGGAAUGGACUGCCAAAUAGCCGUCCAGGCGGUGGAUAUCCACCGGUGCCCCAGAACAAUAUAUACGGACCGCCGUCGUUUGGUAACUUUUACCCGCCACCGCCACCGAAUUUCCCUGGCCAAACUUGGGGGGGAAAAGGGGAGAGUGGCGAUAGGGAGGAAAAGGACGAUGGUGAGGUGACAGCCACAGCCACAGCCACCACAACAACCGCCAAGUCGACGAGUGCUUCCACCACGCCGAAGAGUCGCACCAAACUGACGCCAAUAAGUGGCAAUAAUUCGACGAGAGUCGAGCAGAAAACCCCUACGGAAAGUCCCAACCAAAGCAUCAAUGUUUUCUCUUUGAAGUCCGGAACAAUUCCGAUUGUGGUCACCGUUGGCGGCUUCUUCGCCGCCAUUGCCGUACUCUUGGCGUACUUGUGCCGACGUCGGCUGUGCGCCAUCAGCAGGACCCUCAAGGCGUCCAAGGAGAAGGAGGAGUUGGCCAAGAAGUCCAACCAGAGUCAGCUGAGUUCCACGCUGACCGACGAGAGUCGUAACUCGAUGGUGUUGCAGCAGUGGCAGGGACCCGUGGCCUUCGCCAACCGCUAUGUUCCCUGGGAGCGGGAUCAGCAGCUGGGCAUUGCAACGUCCCAGUUAUCAACAGGUGUCACAAAUGGCGGAGAGUCCUCCUCCGCAGGAGUGCCCAUUCCUGGGACAGGUGAGCCGGGAUCCAACUUGGGGCCUGGCUGUGUGGCAGGUGGAGCAGGAAGUUCCGGCACGGCGGAAAAUGGUUUUGCCGGAGAGGCCAACUGCGACCGAUGGGAAUUCCCCAGGUACCGAUUGAAGUUCUUCAAUAUAUUGGGCGAAGGAGCCUUUGGACAAGUUUGGCGUUGCGAAGCCACCAACAUAAAUGGCACUGAAGGCAUUACAACAGUGGCCGUGAAGACCCUCAAAGAAAGCGCCACCGAAGUGGAUCGAAAGGACCUGCUUUCCGAAUUGGAGGUAAUGAAAUCUCUGGAGCCACACAUAAAUGUGGUUCAUUUGUUGGGCUGUUGCACGGAUAAAGAUCCCACAUUUGUAAUUCUCGAGUACGUAAAUCGAGGAAAAUUGCAAACGUACCUACGCAGCUCACGUGCCGAAAGGCACUAUGGAAACACACACGGAAAAUCAAAUGUCCUUACUUCCUGCGAUUUGACUUCGUUCAUGUAUCAAGUAGCUAAGGGAAUGGACUACUUAACAUCGCGAGGGAUAAUCCAUCGAGACUUGGCUGCUCGCAAUAUUCUUAUAACCGACGAUCACACAUGCAAAGUGGCGGAUUUCGGAUUUGCAAGAGACGUAAUCACAUCGAAGAUUUAUGAAAGGAAAAGCGAGGGCAAGCUGCCAAUAAGGUGGAUGGCUACUGAGUCCCUUUACGACAACAUAUUCUCUGUAAAAUCAGAUAUCUGGAGCUUUGGCAUUCUGAUGUGGGAAAUUGUGACUCUGGGAUCGACGCCUUACCCGGGAAUAUCAGCAGCUGAUGUUAUGCGGAAGGUAAGGGAUGGUUAUCGUUUGGAGAAACCAGAGCACUGUCGUCGAGAGCUCUACAAUAUUAUGUAUUAUUGCUGGUCACACGAUCCCCAGGAGCGUCCGCUUUUUGCUGAGAUAAUUCAGAUGCUCGACAAACUGCUGCACACCGAAAUGGAUUACAUUGAACUGGAGCGGUUUCCCGAUCACAACUAUUACAAUAUCGUUAGUCUUAGUGGUGAGAAGUUGUAGUAAGCUGUAUGCACUGAAACCCCAAGAGCUUUAUUACCUCCAAAAGACUAUGGGAUAUCCCUUUUGAGUCUUGGCCCAGUAAGAUAAUGUUCUUACUUGAAUUGGAAAAAGGUUACACUGCCAUUACGAAUUGUGCUCGAGAAAAAGUGUAAAACAAACUGUAUCCUUCUGGAUUACUGACAAGUCUAAAUACCAAAUUGUUUAGCAUUAUUAUCGAGCAUCAAGUAUAUUGAACUCAAGUUUCUUCAAUGGCAAGAAUUGCAAUUUCCCUUAAAUUGUAAGAUAAUUGCACCUGUAUGUAUAUUUGUGUUCACAUUUUAUUUAUUUGACUUUGUAUUGUGUAU